CGCCGAGCGCCGCCCUUCUCGGCUUCCUGUCGCGAGCAGCUCGCGCUUGGGCUCGCGAUGGGGAAGAAGUCCAGGGCGGUACCCGGCCGUAGGCCUAUCCUGCAGCUCUCCCCGCCGGGUCCCCGGAGCAGCACGCCGAGCAGGGACCCGGAGCCGGAACUCGACACCGAGCCAGACUCGACGGCGGCGACGCCCAGCCUGCCAACCCCGGCGGCGACGCCCAGCCAGCCAGCUCCGGCGGCUCCGCCGCCGCCGACCGCGGUGACUGCCGCGGCCGCCCCAGAAGACUCGCCUUCGGAAGAUGAGCAGGAAGUGGUGGUGGAGGCUCCCCGAGUUGUUCAGAACCCUCCAAAACCAGUCAUGACCACCAGGCCUACAGCUGUCAAAGCAACAGGAGGUUUAUGCUUACUUGGUGCAUAUGCUGAUAGUGAUGAUGAAGAGAGUGAUGCUUCAGAAAAACCAGCACCGUCUAAAGAGACGAAUGGAAAUCAAUCAGCAGAUAUUGAUAGUACAUUGGCCAACUUUCUAGCGGAGAUUGAUGCAAUAACAGCUCCUCAGCCUGCAGCUCCUGUAGGAGCUUCUGCUCCACCUCCAACUCCACCUCGCCCAGAGCCAAAGGAAUCAGCAGCAUCUUCCCUUUCUUCCACUACUUCAAAUGGAACGGACUCAACCCAGACAUCAGGGUGGCAGUAUGACACUCAGUGUUCACUGGCAGGAGUUGGAAUUGAGAUGGGAGAUUGGCAAGAAGUCUGGGAUGAGAACACAGGAUGCUAUUAUUACUGGAACACACAAACUAAUGAAGUGACUUGGGAGUUACCCCAGUAUCUUGCCACCCAGGUACAAGGAUUACAACAUUACCAGCCCAGUUCUGUGACAGGUGCCGAAGCUAGUUUUGUGGUAAAUACAGACAUGUAUAAUAAGGAGAAAAAUAUUCCUGUUUCCAGUAGUAAAAGUGGACCAGUUGUAGCCAAGCGAGAAGUUAAAAAGGAAGUAAAUGAAGGAAUUCAGGCUCUCUCAAAUAAUGAGGAAGAAAAGAAAGGGGUGGCAGCAUCACUACUUGCUCCUUUAUUGCCUGAGGGGAUAAAAGAAGAAGAAGAGAGAUGGCGAAGAAAAGUCAUUUGUAAAGAAGUAGAGCCAAUUUCAGAAGUGAAAGAAACAAGUACAACAGAAGAAGUAGCAACAAUAGUAAAGCCACAGGAAACUGCAUUGGACAAUAUGGAAGACCCUUCUCAGGAGGAUCUUUGCAGUGUUGUUCAAUCUGGAGAGAGUGAGGAGGAAGAGGAACAAGAUACCCUUGAACUGGAGCUUGUUUUGGAAAGGAAAAAAGCAGAGUUGCGAGCCUUGGAGGAAGGAGAUGGUAGUGUGUCAGGGUCUAGUCCGUGUUCGGAUAUCAGCCAGCCAGCAUCUCAAGAUGGAAUGCGUAGACUUAUGUCUAAAAAAGGGAAGUGGAAGAUGUUCGUUCGAGCUACCAGUCCAGAAUCUACCAGCCGGAGUUCUAGCAAAACUGGACGAGAGACUCCAGAAAAUGGAGAAACUGCAACUGGUGCUGAAAAUUCAGAAAAAAUAGAUGAGAAUUCAGACAAAGAGAUGGAAAUAGAAGAAUCUUCAGAGAAGAUAAAAGUACAAACAGCACCUAAAGUAGAAGAAGAACAAGAUUUGAAAUUUCAGAUUGGAGAACUAGCAAAUACCCUGACAAGUAAAUUUGAAUUUUUAGGCAUUAAUAGACAGUCCAUCUCCAACUUUCAUGUGCUACUCUUACAGACUGAGACUCGGAUUGCAGACUGGCGGGAAGGGGCUCUUAAUGGAAACUACCUUAAACGAAAACUUCAGGAUGCAGCAGAACAACUAAAACAGUAUGAAAUAAACGCCACUCCUAAAGGCUGGUCCUGCCACUGGGACAGGGAUCAUAGACGAUAUUUCUAUGUAAACGAACAAUCGGGCGAGUCUCAGUGGGAGUUCCCAGAUGGUGAGGAGGAGGAGGAAGAAAGCCAAGCACAAGAAAGUAGAGACCAGAAUCUUCCUAAACAGACCUUGAAAGACAAAACUGGCACUGAUUCAAAUUCUACAGAAUCCUCCGAGAAUUCCUCAGGUUCUCUUUGUAAAGAGUCCUUUUCUGGUCAAGUUUCUUCUUCAUCACUCAUGCCACUUACUCCAUUUUGGACCCUCCUUCAGUCAAAUGUGCCUGUGCUUCAACCUCCAUUGCCUUUGGAAAUGCCACCGCCCCCACCUCCACCCCCAGAAUCUCCUCCACCGCCACCUCCUCCUCCCCCUCCCCCUCCUCCAGUAGAAGAUGGUGAGAUCCAGGAGGUAGAGAUGGAGGAUGAGGGAAGUGAGGAGCCUCCUGCCCCAGGAACAGAGGAGGAUACUCCACUGAAACCUUCUACACAAACCACGGUUGUAACCAGUCAGAGUUCAGUUGAUUCUACCAUCUCUAGUUCUCCUUCCACUAAAGCAAUAAAGAGAAAAGCUACAGAAAUUAGUACUGCAGUAGUUCAGAGAUCAGCUACCAUUGGUAGUUCUCCAGUCCUCUACAGCCAGUCACCUAUAGCUACAGGUCUCCAGACAACAGGGGCUGGACAACAGUCUGCAGGAAUCGGACCCCAGGCAAUACCAGUUAGCCACCCAGCAACAGGAAUGGGUCAUCAGGCCAGAGGAAUGAGCCUGCAGCCAAAUUACCUAGGACUGGCAUCCGCCUCUGCAAUUAUGAGUUAUGCUGAGUGUUCUGUCCCAAUGACAGUGACUGCUCCCACACUGCAACCUGUGCAGGCCCGAGGUGCUGUGCCUGCCACUCCUGUUACAGAACCGCCACCGCCACCUCCUCCUCCUGCUGCUCCCCCAACGCCACCUCCAGCUCCCAAAAUGCCACCACCUGAGAAGACAAAAAAAGGAAAGAAAGAAAAGGCAAAGAAGAGUAAAACCAAAAUGCCAUCUCUGGUGAAGAAAUGGCAGAGUAUCCAGCGUGAGUUAGAUGAAGAGGAGAACUCUAGUUCCAGCGAGGAGGACCGGGAAUCGACAGCACAGAAGCGGAUUGAAGAGUGGAAACAGCAGCAGCUGGUCAGUGGCAUGGCAGAAAGAAAUGCUAAUUUUGAAGCCCUUCCUGAGGAUUGGCGAGCAAGACUGAAGCGAAGGAAAAUGACUCCAAACACAUAGUUUUUGUUCUGUUUUGUUUUCAUUCUUAUUGAUUGUGUGUGUGUUCAGAGUCUUAACAUGUUUUACUGUUGUCAAUAAACUAAAUGCUAUGAGGGGGGAGCAUAUGAAUUUUCUGGGCAAGGACAUACAUGCAAAGUUUCGCAUUUGUGAGAUGGGGUUUUUUGUUUUGUUUCUUUGCCGAAGGGUGGGGUGACUGAACACUUGGGUCUGGCUGCCUUUAUUGUCACACUGGCAAACUCAGCAUGCUAGUUAUAUCACCUCAUCAGCCUGGACCGUGUGGCUCGUGAGGGUGACACCUCUGUAGAGGACCCUGAUGGGCAGUGAGCAAUUUCCCUUCCUGAUGGAGGCCCGUGAGGCGCCCCAGUGUGGAGCACUCCUACCCCGCUCCAGAACAAGUGCAAUUAGGAGGCAGCUCUGGCCUCUGCCUCGCUUCCCUGGGGUGUCACAAUCUCCCUGAACGCUUCCUCUGCUUGGCUCCCCUGAAGUGCGGAGUUGGGUCAGGCUGCUAUUUGCCUUGUGCUGGCAGGUGGCCACGCUCUGAAACAUAUCUCGCACACUCUGGAAUCGAUGGCUGUCAUUUCAUGCACAAGAUGAAAUACUUCCAUUUCAGUACCAGCAGCAGCACGUGUUCUUGUCUUCAACUUUGAGAAUCCCCCCUUACAUCUGUGGCCAUCUGUGUAGUCAGAGCCACUGUAUGUUGAUGUCUCCAUUGUCUUACCUAUUCCAAAAUCCACCUCCCUUCUAUGUGUGAACUAUUUUCCAUAAAAUUCCAGUAUUUAAAAAGCAGUUUACUGUUUUGUAUUUUCUAUUGUACCACAAUCAGGUAAAAGUCACUUUAAACUGAAGAAAAGUCAAAUUGUGUUUUAAAGCUGUUUGUAUUUAUCCAGUUUCUGACCUUGUAAAUUUGUAUAUAUCCUCUAAUAAAGCCUCUUUUUUUUAA